GCUUCAUCUGUUCUGCAGGUGCUGUUCUUUGGAUUUGGGUGGCUGUUCUUCAUGCGUAAGCUCUUCAAGGAUUAUGAGGUGCGACAGUAUGUGGUCCAGGUGAUUUUCUCUGUGACUUUUGCCUUCUCUUGUACCAUGUUUGAGCUCAUCAUCUUUGAGAUUCUGGGAGUGCUGAACAGCAGCUCUCGAUAUUUUCACUGGAAGCUGAACCUGUGUGUCAUUUUGCUCAUCCUGGUGUUCAUGGUGCCCUUCUACAUCGGUUACUUUGUUGUGAGCAACAUCAGGUUAUUGCACAGACAGAAGCUCCUUUUCGCAUGUGUUCUGUGGUUGACAUUCAUGUAUUUCUUCUGGAAGCUGGGGGAUCCGUUUCCUAUCCUCAGCCCAAAACACGGAAUCCUGUCUAUAGAACAGCUCAUCAGCCGUGUUGGUGUGAUUGGGGUGACACUCAUGGCUUUGCUGUCAGGAUUUGGGGCUGUCAAUUGUCCAUACACUUACAUGUCCUACUUUCUCAGGAAUGUGACAGAUGCAGAUAUUCUGGCUCUGGAGCGACGACUCCUUCAGACUAUGGACAUGAUCGUUAGCAAGAAAAAAAGGAUAGCAGUGGCUCACAGGACAAUGUUCCAGAGAGGAGAAGUGCAUAACAAACCCACUGGCUUCUGGGGAAUGAUAAAAAGCGUGACAACAUCUGUUCCAGGCAGUGAAAAUCUGUCCCUUAUCCAGCAAGAAGUGGAUGCCCUAGAAGAAUUGAGUCGACAGCUUUUUCUGGAAACUGCUGACUUGCAUGCAACAAAGGAGAGAAUAGAGUAUUCCAAAACUUUUCAGGGAAAAUACUUUAACUUUUUGGGCUAUUUUUUCUCCAUCUAUUGUGUCUGGAAAAUCUUCAUGGCAACCAUCAAUAUUGUAUUUGACCGUGUGGGUAAGACCGAUCCAGUCACAAGAGGAAUUGAGAUCACUGUAAAUUACCUGGGAAUCCAGUUUGAUGUCAAAUUCUGGUCUCAGCAUAUUUCUUUUAUUCUUGUUGGAAUAAUCAUUGUUACCUCUAUUAGAGGCUUGUUAAUCACACUUACAAAGUUCUUCUAUGCCAUUUCAAGCAGCAAAUCCUCUAAUGUUAUUGUCCUGCUUUUAGCACAGAUAAUGGGCAUGUACUUUGUGUCAUCAGUGCUCCUGAUCCGGAUGAGUAUGCCUCCGGAGUACCGCAUCAUCAUUACAGAAGUCUUGGGAGAGCUCCAGUUCAACUUCUAUCAUCGUUGGUUUGAUGUGAUAUUCCUAGUUAGUGCUCUGUCCAGUAUCCUCUUUCUCUAUUUAGCACACAAACAAGCCCCAGAGAAGCACAUGACUCUCUGAGUCAGAACUGCAGUCAUGCACUGCCUUCUGUCCUUUCAACUGCACUGCUGCAACUCCUGUGGACUGCAAAACCUGAAGAGAGCCAGGACUAUUCUGUGUGUUCCAGCUCUUUGAACCUCCACACAUGUCAUCAUCAAACUCUGUGGUGGUUUUGUUAAGGCACCACAGCUGGAAG